CACAAUGAUAGCUUUCUACAAGGAAAUGCGGCCAUAUACGUCGAUAACAUGUAUGCCGCGUGGAAGCACGAUCCCGCCUCUGUACAUGUUUCUUGGCAGGCGUAUUUUCAUAACGUCGAAAAUGGUCACGUUCCCAUAGAACAGGCAUUCUGUGCUCCGCCUGGCCUUGCGCCAGCGAGUUCAAGUACAGCUUUGCCAGCAAAGCAAGCGAGUGAGGCUACAUCGCAUAUUGUGAAGCAGUUGAAGCUAAAGCAGUUGGUUCAGGCGUAUCAGAGAUGGGGCCACCAAUUUGCUCGGACGAACCCUUUGAAUUUAGAUGGCGAAGCACCACCGCGACGAAGGGAAUUGAGCUUGGAACAUCACGGUCUGACCCAGCAGGAUCUGGACUUUCAGCUGACGAUGAACUCGGGUAUGUUUCCGGGCUUGGCUUCCGACAAAGGCACGAUGUCCAUCCGGGAAGUCAUCGCCGCGUGCGAGCGCGUAUACUGCGGUACUACCGGAGUCGAAUAUAUGCAUAUCUCGAAUCAGGAAGAGGUUGAGUGGAUUCGCGACCGGAUUGAGGGUCAAGAUUCGGUUCAAUUCACGGUUGAGGACAAGAAGCGGAUUCUGGAACGACUUAUCCGCGCCGCGCAAUGGGAAAAGUUCCUCGCUACAAAGUUUCCGAACGAUAAGCGCUUCGGCGUCGACGGUGGAGAAAGUUAUCUUCCAGCUCUGAUGGAAGCAGUCGAUCGGUCUGCAGAGCAUGGAUUUGAGAACAUUCAAAUGAGCAUUUGCCAUCGAGGCCGGCUCAACGUGCUUCACAAUGUCACGAAAAAGCCCGCCGAGUCGAUUUUCCAAGAGUUCAAUCCCAAAGCAGUCUCUCCCUGGGGUGUCCCUGGGGAUGUGAAAUAUCAUUACGGCACUACAGGCGAUUGGACGUCCCGGGAUGGCAAGAAGGUUCACCUGGCGAUGGCGCCCAAUCCAUCGCAUCUCGAAUCAGUGAAUCCUAUUGUCAUGGGCAAAACGCGCGGAAUCCAGGACAGGAACGGCAAGGACAAAACGAUGAUGCUUAAUGUUCACACGGACGCCGCCUUCGCCGGCCAGGGCACCGUGUACGAGACCCUGGGUCUUACCAACCUGCCGGCAUAUUCCACGGGAGGUGUUCUGCGCAUGAUCAUACUCGAUACGCCUGUUUUUCAUGUCAACGCUGAUGACACAGAAGCAGUGUGCUCUGCUGCCAUCAUUGCUGCGGAUUUUAAAGCCCAUUUUAACAAGGACUGCCUGGUGGAGAUUAUGUGUUACCGUCGCAACGGGCACAACGAAAUGGAUCAGGCUUCGUUCACCCAGCCUACCAUGUAUGAUCGGAUUGCCUCGAAGGUUCCGAUUUUGGAGCAGUACGAAGCCAAGCUGCUGCGUGAGGGAUCUGUCACAACGGAAGAAAUCCUGAGUAUCAAGAGUGCGGUGUGGGAUCAACUGAGCGAAGCUCUUGAUAAGAGCCCGGACUAUAAGCCGGAAGCUCGGGAAUGGCUGAUUGAAUCAUGGAAGGGCAUGAAGGCUCCUGUAGAACUGGUCAACGAGCACCUCCCCGCCCGAGUGACUGCCGUUGAUAAUCAGACCAUAAACAAGGUGACUGAGAAGCUUGGAGCAGCUGUUCCCGAUGGCUUCAAGCUGCACAGGAACCUCGAACGAAUCCUGAGUCGCCGACAGCAAACGGUACAGGAAGGUCAACACAUCGAUUGGGCGACAGCCGAAGCUCUUGCUUUUGGCUCUCUUUUGCUUGAGGGCGCCAAUGUUCGCGCUACAGGGCAGGACGUGGAAAGAGGAACGUUUUCUCAUCGACAUGCAGUGUUGCAUGAUCAAAAGACCAACAGCGUUUACACACCCCUGAGCAACAUCAGUGACAGUCAAGGCCUGUUCAGCAUUUCUAACUCGUCCCUCAGCGAAAACGCAGUCAUGGGGUACGAGUAUGGGUACUCACUGGCCGACCCAAAUGCAUUGGUGAUGUGGGAGGCCCAGUUUGGCGAUUUCUCCAAUAAUGCGCAAUGCAUUAUCGACCAGUACAUUGCGUCGGCAGAAGAUAAGUGGCUCCAGCGGUCGGGGUUGGUACUUUCACUACCACAUGGGUACGACGGUCAGGGACCAGAGCAUACUUCUGCUCGAUUAGAGCGCUUCCUGCAACUUGGUAACGAGGAUUCGCGAUAUUUCCCAUCACCGGAACAGCUUAGUCGCCAGCAUCAACUUGCCAAUAUGCAGGUUGUCUGCAUGACUAGUCCGGCUAAUUAUUUCCAUGUGCUGCGACGCCAGGUUCAUCGGGAUUUCCGGAAGCCGUUGAUUAUCUUGUUCUCGAAGUCCCUCCUGCGGCACCCUCUUGCUCGCUCCAGCAUCGACGAGUUCACACAGACGCCCUUCUUCCAGCCUCUAAUCCCAGAGCCUGAACACGGCACAGCAGUUGUCUCACCUGAAGAGGUAAAGCGAGUUAUCUUUUGCUCCGGACAGGUCUACGCCGCGCUGCACAAGCAUCGCGAGAUCCAUGAAAUCAAAGACACAGCCAUCACCCGCAUUGAAGAACUCCACCCGUUCCCAUGGGAGCAGGCAAGGCAGAAUCUAGACGAAUAUCCAAAUACGGAGGAUAUUGUCUGGUGUCAGGAAGAGACGUUGAAUGGAGGCGCAUGGGCUCAUGUUAUGUCGCGAUUCGAUGCGAUUUUCCAGCACACCCAGCAUCAUCGGGGCAAGAAGAUCCGGUAUUCCGGCAGAGAUCCGAUGAGUAGUGUGGCUGUGGGAUUUAAGAUGCUGCAUGUGGAGGAGGAGAAGAGGUUGUUGAAUGAUGCUUUCCGUCUGACCUAAGAAUGCAGUAUCUAAAUGAUACUGGGGGCUGAGAAUCUUGGCUUGGAUCCCUGAUUUUAAGUGAAUAUUCGGCAUAUAGCCGAUUGUCUGUCUGUUUCAUCCGCCAAUGCGAUGAGCCUGUUUAGUGCGCCAAGGUCGCUGGAAAUGAAAAUCUCUCGAGACACCGUCGCCCGUUAGCCCACCACAACGAAAGGUAACGAGCGGUAGUAAUUUUCUCUCCAUUAUUCAACGCCUGUCUAUGUUCUCCGGACGCAUAAUAUCUUGAUUCCGCCUUAUUCUCCUUGGGGAAAUCUGAACAAUCUUGGCGGAUAAAGGUAUGCUCGGU